GAUCAACAUUAAAUUCAGUAAUUCAUAAUCGCAUUCUUAAAGUCAAGGUCAGUCGAGCAUAACCAAUUUUACUAGACGGGUUUCGUGCGCCUCGAAGUUUAACCAUAUAUGUGUAUCGAACAGUUUAUCGAUGUUGGAAGAAGUUAAACAUUCUACUCCAGACUUUCGUACUCAGAAAAGAAAGUCUACCAGAAAGAGUCUUCUUAUAUGUACUCCUUUUCUGACUGAACAGAAUUUAGAUGAGCAUACUUUACCUAGUGAUGUAAAGUCAGAUAACGAAAUUAAUGACGACGGACUAACUGAUGAACUUGCCAAAAGGUAUCAGGGUGAAAGUCGGAAGUGGGAUCAAUUGGUAGAAGAAUAUGAAACACGUUUGAUUCCGGCCGAUAAUCAAAUCGAUAUGCCUUCCAAAGAAUGGAUUAAGACAGAUCGUGUAACCCGUAAAUAUGAAGAUAUAAUUUUUCCCAAAAAGUAUUUUGAUUCCUAUGAUUGCCUGGACAGUUUGGCGGACUCUCUUUUAGACACACAUAAUGAUAUAUUUUUUGAGUUAGAGAAACUUCCCCAUUUAAUCGAAAGACAGGAUAUGUUUUUAAAGAGCUUUCGGAAAAAAAUGCGUUUGAAACAAAAUAUUUCUCAAGAUUCAUACUUCGGUUCAGCAUCACCAUUGUCUGUUAUAUCUAACUACCUUGGAGCUGAAGUGUGACGUUUUUUUAAAAAUACAACUUGUUUCCACAUAUUUAUUAGGUUAAUAGCUUCAUAAUAAAUAAAUCUCAAUAGAAAACCCUUAAUUCAUAAAACGAUUAUUUUUAUGGUGUUUCAUUUUUCAUUAAAUGUGUUGAAUAGUA